AUGUGUCCCACUGUGUGUCUGCUGUCUUUCCUCUGUGUGGUCAGCUCAGCGCGUGCCACCUCCUUUGAAUCAGAGGAGGUCGUACCUGUCCGGGUGGACGCCAGACUCAGGGGUCAUUUUUGGAAAAGGAGCGAGGAGCAGCGCAGCUACACCCUGAGCGCGUUCGGCACGCGCCUGACCCUGAAGCUCACCCCGGACCCCAUCUUCAUGGCGCCCUCCUUCACCAUCCAGCGCCUCAGGGCCCAGGCCGCCCAGCGCCCCGACCCCAGCAGCUCCAUGAACCGGACCGAGGAGAGCGGAGCGCGUCUCAGGAGCUGCUUUUACUCCGGGAGCGUGGAUCAGGACGAGAACUCGCACGUGGCGGUCAGUUUGUGCUCGGGCAUCUUGGGCUCCUUCAUCACGGAGGGGACGGAGUACGUGAUCAAGCCCAAAGUGCGCGGCGGCCGCGGUCCGGACGCUGCGGAGCGGCCACACGUGAUCAGGAGGAGGACUGGUGUCCAGGUCCAAGGAGCUCCGCUCCUGCUUGACAGCUCCUCGGAGGAGAUGCAGGCGGAAAGUUUGACGCUGGGCGGCGGUGACGCACAGAGGGAACCCCGCCAGAGGCGCUUCGUGUCCGCGCCACGCUUCAUAGAGACCCUGGUGGUCGCAGACGCAACCAUGACCCAGUUCUAUGGAGACGAAAUAAAGCACUACAUUCUUACCCUAAUGUCCAUGGCUGCCCAACUGUACAAGCACCCCAGCAUAAAGAACUCAGUAAACAUGGUGGUGGUGAAAAUGUUAGUGGUGGAGGACGAGCAGGUUGGACCAGAGAUCUCCAGCAAUGGAGACAUGGCGCUGAGGAACUUCUGCUCCUGGCAGCAGCUUUUCAAUCCACUGAGCCAGAGGCACCUGGAGCAUUAUGACACUGCCAUACUGUUCACCAGAGAGGACAUUUGUGGACAGAAGAGUUGUGACACCUUGGGUGUGGCUGAUGUCGGGACGAUGUGUGACCCCAAAAGAAGCUGCUCAGUUAUUGAAGACAACGGCCUGCAAGCUGCCUUCACCGUGGCACAUGAGCUUGGUCAUGUGCUGAGUAUGCCUCAUGAUGACUCGAAGACGUGCGAGAGGCUGUUUGGGGAUCUGGGAGGACAUUACCUGAUGGCUCCUUUUUAUGUUCGUCUCAACAGCACCGCACCUUGGUCUCCCUGCAGUGCGCUCUACAUCACAGAGUUUUUUGACAAUGGACAUGGGGACUGCCUGCUGGAUGCCCCUGAGAGUACCAUGCCUUUACCACAGGAACUGCCUGGUACCACGUAUAGCCUGGACCAGCAGUGCCAGCAGACCUUUGGAGAGGAGUUUAUGCACUGCCCCAACACCUCAGACAGUGAUAUCUGCAGCCAGCUGUGGUGUAAAGAGGAUGGUAUGCAGCAGUGCUCCACCAAGAAUGGCAGUUUUCCCUGGGCUGACGGAACCCCUUGUGGUCCCAUCAGGACCUGCCUGCAGGGAGCAUGUGAGCUGAUUGAAGAAAGGAUGCAGCCGUUGAUGGUUGUGGACGGUGGCUGGAGCUUGUGGGGACCAUGGCAGCAGUGUUCCAGGACAUGUGGUGGUGGGGUGGAGUUCUCUUACAGGGAAUGUACCGAGCCAGUGCCUCAGAACGGAGGGAAGUACUGUGAGGGACAGAGGGUUCGGUACCAGUCCUGCAACAUCCAGCCGUGCAACAACAGUGAAGGGAAAAGUUUUAGAGAAGAGCAGUGUGAGAAAUACAACAGCCCUAACUUCUUGGACCACAAUGGGAAGAUGAAACAGUGGAUCCCAAAGCAUACCGGAGUUUCCCCCAGAGACAGGUGCAAGCUGUUCUGCAGGUCCAGGGGCAGCAGUGAGUUCAAAGUCUUUCAGUCUAAGGUGAUUGAUGGGACCACCUGUGGCCCCGAUACCACAUCGGUUUGUGUUCAAGGCCAGUGUGUGAAAGCAGGCUGUGAUCAGCUGAUCGGAUCCAGCAAGAGGGUGGAUAAGUGUGGACUGUGUGGAGGGAACGGACUCGGCUGCAGAAAGAUCACAGGCUCCUACAACAAAGCAAUAUAUGGAUACAGUGACAUUGUCACAAUCCCUAUUGGUGCUACUAAUAUUGACAUCAAGCAGCGCAGCCACAAAGGAUUGAAACAUGAUGGGAAUUACCUGGCAGUGAAAAAAGAGAGUGGCACUUACAUCCUCAAUGGUAACUUCUCUGUGUCUACAGUGGAGCAGGACAUUCCAGUGCUGGGUGCAGUGUUAAAAUACAGUGGCUCUUCCACCACGUUAGAGAGGAUCCAGAGCUUCAGGCAGCUGAAGGAGGCCAUCACUAUCCAAGUCCUGGCCACAGGAGGUGAUGACAAUUCCCCCAAAAUUAAGUAUACCUUUUUUGUCCCUAGAGAUGUGACAUUCAACAAGUCCAAAGAGAAAAAGGGCUCUUACUUGUCUAUGCUUACAUUUGAUAGUGUGCCUGAAUGGGUACCGGGAGAAUGGUCUGAGUGCUCCAAGACCUGUGGCUCUGGAUGGUCCAGGAGGACUGUUGAAUGCAAAGAUAGAGAAGGCUUUUACUCUAGCCAGUGUGACAAAGAACUAAAGCCCACUGACAUAAGGCCUUGUGGGGAUCUGCCAUGCCCCAUUUGGCAAAUGGGACCUUGGUCUGCCUGUUCACGGACUUGUGGCCAGGGUGAGCGUCGUCGGAGUGUAUUCUGCAUAGACUACACUGGGAAGACUGUAGAGCCGGAGAAGUGUGAUCCAAACAAAACCCCAGAGCCAGUCUCUGGGGAUUGUAACAACCAGGACUGCUUAUGA